CUGUGACGUCAGGGUCCCACGGCUCUCUAGCGCUCGGCGCCGCUGUGGUCACUGCAGGAACUACACGAGAAGAGCGCAGCUGUCACAGCGCGUGCACGAGGACUCUUAACACGCUCAGAGCUGACAACGGAUCUCAUCUGCUCGCCAGUCUCUGUGUGUUGUUGACAUCAGUCUGUCAUCAGUCCAGCAGCAUGGCUCGUGGACACCAGAAAAUCCAGUCUCAGCAGAAGAACGCUAAGAAGCAGGCAGAGAUCAAGAAGUCCAAAGGCCACGACCAGAAGACGGCGGCGAAAGCGGCGCUGGUGUUCACGUGUGGCGUCUGCAGGUCACAAAUGCCAGAUCCCAAGACCUUCAAGCAGCAUUUUGAGAGCAAGCACCCCAAGAGCCCUCUUCCCCCAGAGCUGGAGGACGUGGAGGCAUAACCGGCCAAGGUCGAUUGUAUAAAACAUCACAAUAAGAGUCCUGAUCUCAAAUUUUAUUCAUCAGGACAAGAUCAGCGCUCUUACCUGAGUUUUAUACAUUCAUCUUCCCCUUCACUGCAGACAUGAAUCCCGUGGAUCAAAGACUGAUGUGACGUUUAGCUUCCCUCUCAACGCAGUUUCAGAGCACUUGCCUUAGCUACGAUCAGCACUCACAUGCUUUCUUUUCUCAUCUCACUUGUGUAAUUUAAAAGAUCGAGGGAAAUUAGAACACUACCAGUGAUUGUCAAUUCUGUCAAUUGAUCAUCAUUAACAUAAAUGUGGUAGUUACAGACAUAUUUGUCUGCUUUUGCUUGUUAGAGAAGUCAUAGAUGAGUGCAAAGGGAUAUGGAAAAACGUUCUUCUUUUUUUUACUAAUUUUGCUUUCCCAAACAAACUGGAUCUGUACACUGAAACUGCAAUCUGAUGUGUUUCUGUGAAUCACUGGAUGUGCCAGAGGUUACUGUAAUCUUAACGUUGCUGCAGAAGUUAUCUCUCUUUGGAAUGAUCUCAAACAAUAUCGCCUCAAUGUUUGAUAUUCCUGCUCAAGCCACCUGGUUUCCACACCAAUGUAAUAUAUCUCUUUAAUAAAAUUUUACUUUAAGUCAUUGUGAGGCAUGUAUUCAACACAGCUGGUGAGAAACUGGAGUCCAAAAACUUGAUCUAAAUAUACUUUCAAUGUGUGAAUGGAAAAAGAAUUGACAGUGGCAACAAGGAAAGGUGUUUCUAGAGCAGUUAUUAUGCAUCAUUAGCUUGACAACAUCACAGCAGGUCAUUAAUCACAGCUGAAGCGAACAGAAUCGGACUCUGCCUGUUUGACCUAAACAUGUCUGGAGUUCUGGCCCAGUGAAGAGAUGUUUUAAACUGGUUUUACA